GGGUAAAUAGUUCAGUGCAUUGAGCGCUAAGCCAGAGUUUGUGUCGACUGCUCAGAGUCCACGAACUGAGGCUUGUAGUUCACGUCUGACUGUCCGCUACAUCUCAGGGAGAUCCCGGUUUAACCAUUUCCAAGAAGGUUCUAACCAUGGCUUACCACAGCUUUCUGCUGGAACCCAUCAGCUGCCACGCCUGGAACAAGGACCGAACCCAAAUUGCACUAUGUCCCAACAACCAUGAUGUUCAUAUCUAUAAAAAAGAGGGAAACAACUGGACCAAGAUUCAUGUGCUUAAGGAGCACAAUGGCCAAGUGACUGGUAUUGACUGGGCACCGGAGAGCAACCGCAUUGUGACCUGUGGCACUGACCGUAAUGCUUAUGUGUGGACCCUGAAGAAUGAUGUGUGGAAGCCCACUCUGGUCAUCCUCAGGAUCAAUCGUGCUGCCCGCUGUGUUAAAUGGUCACCCAAAGAAAACAAGUUUGCAGUGGGUAGCGGCUCCCGCCUGAUCUCUGUCUGCUACUUCGAACAGGAGAAUGACUGGUGGGUUUGUAAGCACAUUAAGAAGCCCAUCCGCUCUACUAUCCUAUGUCUGGACUGGCACCCAAACAAUGUUCUGCUGGCUGCUGGCUCAUGUGACUUCAAAUGCAGGAUUUUUUCAGCCUAUAUCAAAGAGGUGGAGGAAAAGCCUGCUCCUACUCCAUGGGGUUCCAAGAUGCCAUUUGGUGAGGUGAUGUUUGAGUCCUCUGGCACCGCAGGCUGGGUGCACGGGGUCUCUUUCUCCGAGAGUGGGAAUCGUGUGGCCUGGGCCAGCCAUGACAGCACUGUGGCGGUUGCUGAGGGAGGCAAGACUUCUGCCAUUGCUAGCCUGACAUCUGAAACCCUUCCUCUACUCUGUGUGACCUUCAUCACCGAGAACAGCCUGGUGGCGGCAGGACAUGACUGCUACCCUGUGCUGUUUGUCUACGAUGCUGGAAAAGGGGCACUGACUUUUGGAGGGAAGCUGGACAUUCCCAAGCAGAGUGCUCAGAAAGGUAUGACUGCCAGGGAGCGCUUUCAGAACCUGGACAAGAAAGCCACGUCAGAUACCAAAGAGGCUGUGCUGGAGUCACUUCACAAAAACAGCAUCAGCCAAAUCUCAGUGCUUGCGGGAGGGAAAAUGAAGUGCACAAAGUUCUGCACUACUGGAAUGGAUGGUGGAAUGGCCAUUUGGGAUGUGAAGACCCUUGAAUCUGCUUUGAAGGACCUGAAGAUUGUCUAAGUGGGGACUUGCUGGUGUUCCACAGUAAAAGUGGAUGAUGCUGGGCGCUUGCUGCAUUAUAUAAUCAAUCAUUUAAAAGUUUUUAUUAAAGUCCAGUUUUGGAAAAGUAAUCAUUUAUUUUUAAAAGAAAAAAUGAGUGUAUUAGACAGGUAUGAUUGAUUUGAUUUUUGUAUGCUGGUCAUAAAUUGCUUUUUAUUACUGUUG